AUGGCGGAGAGCGUUACGGCCUUGGUUGGACUGGGACGCGGAGGUGACGGGUGACGGGGGACGGAAGAAUGCUGCCAAGGCGCCGACUGACGUUCCACCAUUCAUCGAACACGUCCAUAGAGCAUAACUCCAAGACAAUAUAAUUCAUCGCCCACCGCAAGCAUGAGACUGGCUCCGUGUGUCUUGCUGCCUGCUGCAGUCGCUGCUGCAAAGGCUUCUCUGGGAAACCUCUAUAUCCACAACGAGCAGGUGAGCGGCGGCCAGCCCGUCCUCAGCCUCAAGGCCGACGCCGCCCGUCUGGUUAUCGCCUCGCGACUGGGUCUCGACCAAUACCACUCGCUCCAGGGACAGGACGACAAGUCUCUGCAAACAAUCGAUCGCCUCGCUGGAAGCUCCUCUUUCCUCUCAUCCCAGGAUCUGUCCGUCGCCUUGAUUCUGUCGACCGUUGGCCAAGAAGACGUCCCCUUCUCCCUCUCCGACUCUGCCCACGUGCAGACUAUCCAGAUCAAGGACUCUCCUGAUUUCCAGUCCUCUGAGAAGCUAUUCAAGCAUCUUGCACAACAGUCUGGCAUUGACAACUUGGACCACGUCCAACAAUCCACCGUCUCCUCUUACACCGGUCCCGCCUUUAGAAUCGCCGCGGACUCUGAGGCACUCGCAUCUGCCUUCAAAGUCUUGACCAGCCAGUACCAUACCGUCCUUGUGCUCAACGUUCCCAAGGAUACUAGCAAGAACACCUACGGUUCAUACGAUGCUGACGUUAAGUCGCACCAAAAGCGCCAGUUCAAGGAGGCCCCCUUGAUCACUGAAGCCACAAAGACUGCUUCUCACCUCAAGGCCACCUUGACUCCUGACGCUUCCUCGAACAAGACCUACAACCAGACCGGCCCUCUCAGAGGCAUUCUUCCUGGCUGCUUCCCUUCAUUGUCCACCUGUCAGUCCAUGACCCGUAAUUGCACUGGUCACGGCUCGUGCGUCCUGAAGCACACCGACAGAGAUGCCGGCGACCUCGGUGGCAAGUGCUACUCUUGCGCCUGCCAGGAUGACGUCCGCACAAACGCCAACGGCGGCAAGAAGACCACUCGCUGGGGCGGCCCCGCUUGCCAGAAGAAGGAUAUCGUCAUGCCUUUCUGGCUCAUCAGCUCCUUCUCCGUCUUCUUGGUCUUCCUCGUCAGCUGGGGUGUUGGUCUCCUCUACACCAUGGGUAGCCAAGAACUCCCCAGUGUCAUUGGCGCAGGUGUCUCUGGCCCUGUCAGAAAGUAGAGUGUAGUCUCUUACACCUCACAUCCAACCCAUCAUCUCAUUCAACCCUUGUCGCAAACCUCAUGUAGAUAUAUACCAAUUUGAUUGUUUUGUCAUGUUC